AUUCUGGAGCCGAAGAAGAUGAAGAUGUUCCGGUGGGAUACCAGCUCAUUGAGCUUAUGACUGUUCUUGAUGUCAAGAUGGAUCUCACACGGAAGGCACGAAUAUGUGCUAGAGGGGACCAAACGGAUCCUCCAAUGUCUGCCACCUAUGCAAGUGUUGUGACAAGGGAAAGUAUUCGACUUGCUUUUGUUAUUGCUGCUUUGAAUGGUUUGAAUGUUUUGAGUGCUGACGUCUCCGGUGCAUAUCUGAAUGCCAAAUGUGCCGAGAAAGUUUAUUGUAUUUUAGGGAAGGAGUUUGGAGAAUAUGCCGAGAAGAAAGCUAUCCUGGUUAAGGCCGUUUACGGACUCAAAAGUUCCAGGUUUGCAUGGAGGAGUGUUGGGAUAUGA